AUGGUCAGGUACUUUGAAGGCUACAAGCCUUAUAUUGUUACCAAAAGAAUUACCUCGCAGCUACCUUAUGAGAGGUGGUAUAAGUGCAACACUCAUGGUGCUUCUAAAGGGAAUCCUGGGCCAAGUUCUUAUGGUUUCUGUGUGAGGAAUGAUACUGGAGAUGUGGUAUUUGUAAUGGCAGAAGAAAUAGGGAUCUCAACUAAUAUAGUGGCUGAGGAAAGUGCAAUAGUGGAAGGGCUCUUAGACUGUGUUCAAAGGCAACUUCAUCCACUCAUUAUUGAGACAGAUUCCUUGGUGAUGAAGAAGAUUAUUGAAGGUGAAUGGGAGAUAUCUUGGAACAUUGGGAAGGAAGUGAAGAAGAUUAAGGAGAUAAAGAAGAAUUAUAAUGUGAUCUUUCAGCAUGUCCUAAGGGAGGGCAACACAGUAGCAGAUUUUUUAGCUAACCUUGUUUUCUCUUUUACAGGUGCCAUUCAAUUUCACUCUUUCUCUGAAAUGCCUAGUGCAGGAAGGAGACUAAUCAAUCUUGACAAAUCAAAAACACCUAAUUUUAGGGUGAGAAUGGCUAAAAGGAAAGCUCCUGACUGA